CCUCAGCUCCCCUUCCGUGACGCUGACACCGUCCUAGAGCUCCUUCCCACUUUAUUGCUUCAAUAACCCCUCCAAGAAGACAUGGUGGUCCUACAGUCUCCAAUAACAUUCAUCGUUUCCAUUCCACCUGUGACACGUUAUUUCACCUUAGCGACAAUCCUCACCUCCCUCCUCCACGCAUGGUUUCGAUGGCAAGAGACAGACAUCACAUCCUUUCUGGCUUUGGUCCCAGGAUCCAGUAUCUUUUACCCUUGGACUUUUAUUUCUUCUGCGCUUUUAGAGACCACCAUACUCGGGGUGAUUUUCAGUCUGAUCACAAUACCUCCUUCUCUAAGAUACCUGGAACGCCUCUGGGGAAGUUUGGAAAUUCUCAAGUUUAUAAUCGUAACAGUGGUCGCCUCAAAUGUCAUUGUGUUCGGUUUCAGUUGGUUAGAGUAUCUAGCGACCAGCAACAUUGAUUUUCUAUAUUCCAUGCAAUAUAGUGGACAGAUGUCCUUACAGAUCGGUGUCCUAGUCGCUUUCACACAACUCAUCCCAGAAUACCAAGUUCAAGUAAUGGGUGUCAUAAAAGCACGAGUCAAGACCUUGCCAAUGGCAUAUCUUGGCCUCUCCACCGUCUUCACUAUACUGGGAUUCCAAUGCCCGUGGAUUAUCAUACAAUUCGGUUGGUUCGUGAGCUGGAUAUAUCUCCGAUUCUACAAAAAGAACACCAAUGACACUGUGGGUGGUAUGGACACAUAUGGCGACCGGAGCGAAACCUUUUCUCUCCUUUCCUGGUUCCCGCCGUUUGUGCACCCCGUUCUUUCCGUGUUGGCAAACUUCGUUCAUUCCUGGGCUGUUCGUUUGCGGUUAAUCCCCUCUCAUGGAGGAGACCUCGAGAAUGGUGGCUACAGCCCGUUACCAGGGAAUUCGCGAGCGGAGGCUGAGCGGAGACGCGCAAUGGCUCUGAAAGCCCUCGACCAACGACUCGCGAAUUCUAACCCACCGUCCAACUCUCAGACCUCUACUUCUGCCGCACCACAGACGCCUCGUGUACCUCCCACUGCCGCAACUGCCGUCCCUGUCGCUAAACCAAAAAAUAACGUACCUGAAUCAGAUUUGGGCGAUAUAGGGACAGCAAAAGUAGAUGGACAAUGACCAGAUUGCAUUGGAUGUUAUGCUCCUCUCUUGAAUCAGUUCGCUACAUUUUCCGGUUCUGUUAUCUGCGUACUUAACUCCCGUUAUCUGAACAUAAUAAAACACUUAUUAUUACUGGAAGUAAGCUAG